GAGGCGCGGGGCGGAGAGAAGGUGAUCAAUCUCCAUCCGUCCACAUCAGAAAUCAUCUCCACUGUGUGACAGACGAGGACGAGCCCCCGAGAGCAAAUGAGUCUGAUGACUCGGGCUGGAAAAGCGUCCGCGGCCGCACAGAGGACGCGCCGCCUUUGAGCUGCAGACCCGCGCGCGCGCGCCUACCCGUGAUGCCGCUCGCUCCGCGCGCCGGUGUUUGAUCCCGAACCUCCACCCGCUGCUGGAUAACUUUAGCGGCUUCAACUGACCGGAGGCUCGGAGCAGAGAAGGAGAGGAACCAGAGACCCGGAUCGGUCCCCGCGUCCCGUCAAGCUGCAGCAUCGGGGGAAACCGAACCACUGGCCUGAGCUGGGGGGAGCAGUGACCGCCUGUAGCAUGAUGUCCUACCUCAAACAGCCCCCCUAUGGCGUCAACGGCCUGGGGCUGAGCGGCGCUGCCAUGGACCUGCUGCACCCGUCGGUGGGCUACCCAGCGACUCCCCGGAAGCAGCGGCGGGAGCGGACCACCUUCACGCGCUCGCAGCUGGACGUCCUGGAGGCUCUGUUUGCCAAAACCCGGUACCCGGACAUCUUCAUGCGGGAGGAGGUGGCGCUGAAGAUCAACCUGCCGGAGUCCAGAGUGCAGGUGUGGUUCAAGAACCGGAGGGCCAAGUGUCGCCAGCAGCAGCAGAGCGGCAGCACCGCCAAAGCCAGGCCCCCCAAGAAGAAGUCGUCUCCGGCCCGCGAGAGCACCGGCUCUGAGAGCAGCGGCCAGUUCACUCCCCCCGCCGUCUCCAGCACCGGCUCAUCCUCCUCCUCGUCUUCGUCCACCAACCACACAGGCCCGGCUGCCCUGAGCAGCACCUCUACCUCCAUCAGCACCGUGUCCUCCAUCUGGAGCCCGGCAAUCUCCCCCGGCAACGCCCCGACUGCCGCCGUGGCCCCGCUCCCUGAGCCCGGACCCCCCUCCAACGCCUCCUGCAUGCAGCGUUCCAUGACGGGCUCAGCCACUGCCGCCACCUCCUACCCCAUGUCCUACAACCAGACGCCAGGCUAUGGCCAGAGCUAUCCCGCCCCCUCCAGCUCCUACUUUAGCGGCGUGGACUGCGGCUCCUACCUGGCCCCCAUGCACUCCCACCACCACCCCCACCAGCUCAGCCCCAUGACGGCCUCGUCCAUGUCCGGCCACCCGCACCACCACAUCAGCCAGUCGUCGGGGCACCACCACCACCAGGCCUACGGGGGGGCCGGCCUGGCCUUCAACUCCUCUGACUGCCUGGAUUACAAAGAGCAGACUGCAGCCUCCUCAUGGAAGCUCAACUUUAACGCCACAGACUGCUUGGACUACAAAGACCAGGCCUCCUGGAGGUUCCAAGUCUUGUGAUCUGCCUUCUUUGCCCCCACCCACCCCCUCCCUGCCUGCUCCCCCAUUCUUUUAUUGCCCUGAUUAGCCUGUUGCUUGUUUUGAAAGGCAAAGAGUUUAUGAACCCUAACUGGACUGAAGCAGGAAGGAUCAGAAGUCUGACUCUUUUUUUUAUUUUUAUUUUUUCUGGUCCUCCUCAGCCUAAAUGAGGAGACAAACAGCGACUCCUUGGUCAGAGGUUUCCUGAUGAGGAGCGGCUUUUCAAAGAGGCCCCUUCCUGGAUGAGAUUAACAAAACUGAUUUUUGUUUUUUCUUCUUCUUUGGUAUUUUCUUUUUUAACAUCUGAAGGUCAUGUACGCCAAACCCCUUGGAGCACCAGCUCUCUGGAUGGGAGGAAUAUUUUCCCCUCCGGCGCACUCACAGGAACUGCCCCCGUGGUGGUGGUGGGGGGGCCUUUUACCUCCAACCCCAACAAAACCUGUACAGCUUUUUAUUUUUAUUUUCUGGAAUCUGUUCUUUUAGGAUGACAAAGAUUUUUAGUCAGCUACACAGAGCAGCUGAAAUGUGUAAAUAUGUAUUUGGGUCAGUUACAGUGACCAUGUUUAGUUGGUGGUUUUAUUUUAUUUGACUAAAUUCGAAAUUGUUUAUUACCAUUUUUUUGGAAGAAAUAAAAAAAGAUGUAUGUAAAUCUCCACAAAUAUUCCAAAGAAAACAAUUUGGCCGUUAAACAUGAGCUUUUAAUAGCAUUUUAUAGAAAUAAAAAAAAAAGUUUGGGUGAUUUGGAAUGUCUCUUGGGCUCCAGGAAUCCGGUCCGACCUGCUCUGAUGAAACUCAGCACUUGACUCGAUAUUGAAGUCAAAGCUUUUUUAUUAUUAUUAUUAUUAAUAUUAUUAUUUUCUCCAGAGAGAUUUUGUGGAUUUAGAGCUCCCAAAUGACAGUGAGAUGUUGAAUGUAUCUUUAAGGCGACCACCCUCCAUAUAUGUUCAUCCAAUAAAGUCAAGUCAAACGUG